UCCUUCAAGUGUUUCAACUAGUGCUGUCUGGAUCAGCCCUGCUGAUGAUGCAUUGAUCAGUUGCCGUUUAGCUGACUUCAGAUCCAAGCAAGGUCACUUUGUUCUGUCUCUGCAGAUCAUAACACAACCAGAAACUCCAUUUUUUCCCCAUUUCAAUCAUUCAAUUAUUCAUCUCUCUCUGGGGAGGAGCAAGAGCACGAAAGGGUGUUCAUUAAGCAGGAUCGGUUCCAUUCUAUAAGAUUGCAAAGGACUCAAAAAGUGGGAGUGAGAGAGAGAGAGAGAAUUUAAUUCCUUCCCAACCCUCAAGAGGAAACCCACAUGAACAAAACAAGCUUUAAGGAGGAGACAAGUUGCUUUUUAACUCUUUCCCUUUUCUUUUCUCUCCCUCAUCUGUCGCUUUCUCUCUUCCCCCAAGAGAGAUUUCGUUGUAGUUGGAGUGUAUAUAGCGUAGGCGACAGAAGGAAGAUAUAGAUCUCGUGUUGAGUUGGGUACAUGGGAAGUGUGGUGAAAAGAGAGAGAGAGGGAAAAAGCAAAGAACAGAUAUCAUGACUUGGUGCAAUAAUGACAGUAAGAGCGAUGAGCAGAGAAACGAGAGCGCAACCCCACCACCGCCACCAUCCAACAAUAAGGCCAGUGUUGUUGCCAAGAAGCCUCCAGCGUUAAGGACUUGUCCUUCUUGUGGGCAUGAAUUUGAACUCCAGGACCAGACUGGAAUUCAGGAAUUGCCGGGGCUACCGGCUGGAGUCAAGUUCGAUCCGACGGAUCAAGAGCUGCUCGAGCAUUUGGAAGGGAAGGUGCGGCCCGAUGCUCGGAAGCUUCACCGCUUGAUCGAUGAGUUCAUCCCUACCCUUCAAGGAGAGAAUGGGAUUUGCUACACUCAUCCAGAGAAAUUACCAGGCGUGAACAAAAACGGCAUGAUCCGCCACUUCUUCCACCGACCCUCCAAAGCGUACACAACCGGGAACAGGAAGAGGAGGAAGGUCCACACCGACGAGGAAGGCGGCGAGACGAGGUGGCACAAGACGGGCAAGACCCGGCCGGUGUUCAUGAAAGGGGAGCUCAAGGGCUACAAGAAGAUACUCGUGCUCUACACCAACUAUGGGAAGCAAAGGAAGCCGGAGAAGACCAACUGGGUGAUGCAUCAGUACCACCUCGGCAACAAUGAGGAGGAGAAGGAAGGUGAGCUGGUGGUAUCAAAGGUCUUCUACCAAACACAACCAAGACAGUGCAAUUCGCUCAUGAAAGACUCGCCACCGCUUAAGCUGAACGGACAGAGCGGGCACGAGAAUGCUAAUCUCAAGAACAAUCCUGGCCUGGUGGAGUACUACAGCUCUUCUUACAUAUCUUUCGACCAAGGAAGCCAAAAUAGGGCAAGCUCUCAACAGCAGAUGAUGUCUCGCCAUUUUGCUGUCCAUGGUGGGUCUUCUUUUGUCUCUUGAACAAACGUUUAAGAAUGAAACCCGAGAAAACGAAAGAUAUAUCGUGCAAUGCUUUCAACUUAAAGCGACAUGCUGACGUAAUAUUACCAAUCCAACCGGGUGGUGGUAUUUCGUGAGCGUUUACACUUAGUCGUAAGCAUUGCAUCGAUAUAAUUUCUUUCCGGACUAAAGUAGAAUGCUAGAAACAAUCAUUGAAGCAUUGAUCAAAUAAGUUAAUACGCUUUAUGUGACUCCAAAUUCUGGUGGAAAAGGUUGGGGAGGAAUAAGGAAGGUCUGUCCGAUGAAGACUGCAAGAGACAGAUUCUUCUAUGUGGUGAUACAAAUCUAUUUAUGUACGAUGAUUCUUAGGUCUGCUUUUACCUUUUGUAUAUUUUUUGCAACCUUUAUGUUUAAGCGUAUGCUUUGUACGGUGUCCAGGUGUGAGUUUCAUGUGGUCCAUGAACCUUUUUAUGAGGGACAUGAAUACUAAUGCGGUGUAACUGUACAAAGCUUAUACUUGCCUCGAAAUAAUUCGGAUACUUCUACCCUUUUUUGCUCCCUUUA